UUACGAGGCAGCACGAGCGCCGGGCGAGAGACAGACAGAUUGCAGCUCCGCCGGCACGUGGAGGAAGACGAGAAACAGUAAAGGACAGCGAAAGAGAGGACGAUGCACUCCACAGACUGCAUCCACAAAGUGCAAAAAAGGACAACAGGAGAGAACGGAGCAACCCAAGACAAGAGCUGGAUCGUCCCGCAGAAGUAAGUGUGCCCAAAACACCUCGGAGGAAUUGCCACUUAAUUUCCAGAAGUUCAAGUCUAGGAGAAAAAAGUUUACCAGGGCGACUGGAUGCUGCUUGUAGAAGGACAUGCGUGUUAUUCACAUGCACGUGAAUUACAGUUCAUUUUGUCUGUUUUUAAAUCUAAGUCAUGAGUUAAAUUCUGGUUAAAAAGGACACGAAUCACAGAUGAUUUCGGGGGAAUUGCAUGCAUUUUGAGCGUUUAAGAUGAUGGAGCUCAGCAUUGAUCCGGACACCCUUCUGUCCGUUCCGGGUCAGACUGCAAACGUCUCCGCUUCGUCGCCUUUCCUUAAACAGAGUCACGCAGGCGGGUUUAAGAAAGUGUGUCGGAUCGAAGAGGAAAGCACGUGUCCGUUCCCCGGCCUUCCCUCAGGAGUGCUGGAGAUGAGGGUGAAGGAGGGCAGCAAGAUACGCAAUCUCAUGGGUUUCGCCAUGACACGCAUGCAGAGCGACGCCCGGGACGCCGGUCAAACCGGACUGAGACAGGUAGUGUUCACCGGGUCCGGACGAGCCGUGACCAAAACCAUCACGUGUGCCGAGAUCAUGAAGAGAAAGCUCGGCGGCCUCCAUCAGAUGACCAAGCUGCAGUACAAGGGUCUGCGAGAGGUCUGGGAGAGCCAAGAAGGAGGCGAUUCAGAGGUGACCGUCCACCGGACGCUUCCCUCCAUCAGCAUCCUGCUCUCCAAAGACCCACUGGACCCUCAGGAACCGGGCUACCAGCCUCCGGAGAACGGCUUGUGGGACGAGAGGAACGGAGGAGAAGCUUCGCAGACGGCGGAGAAACGAUCAGCAGACUCGUCUGAGUCUCUGACAGAGCCACGGGCGAAGAGAGUCUGUCUCUGAGGAUCAUUAAAGACCGAAACUCUCUCGGAAACAGCCUGACUGACUUUCACAACCAAAUACACAUGCACAUCCCACCACAGUCUUGAUUUAGGAGUUUACAUCCAGGUUUUGAGCAUGCAAUUUAAUUCUUAGAUAGAAUCAGACAAGCGUUCCCUGGAAAUGCAUGAACUGAUUCACAUGCAUAUAUGUAAUAAACAUGAUUUUAAAAAACAUUUUAAGCAGAACCAUCUUCUUUGGUUAAAACCGGUCCGAUGCAUGCAAACGUCUCAGAUGGGCAUCAGAGUGAGAUGGAGUGAUGCUGUGUUGUUUUAUUAGAGAGCUGACCCAACCCACAAAUACACAUCACAUCACAGUCUUGAUCUUAAAUCCAGGUUUUGAGCAUGCAAUUUAAUUUUUAGAUGUAAUGAGACGAGUGUUCCCCGGAAAUGCAUAAAAAAUAGAAUGCAGUUGGAAAAUGCAUACAUUUGCUAAAUGCACAUAAGUGCAAUUAAAACAUUAGUAAAAGCAUUUAUGUAAAAAUAAAGGGGCUUCUCGAUGCCACAGAAGAACCUUUGUUGUCUAAACGGUUCCAUAAAGAACCUCAAACAUCUGAAGAACCUUUC